GCCCAAGCUGGCGCUAGUUCGAGUCAUAAUACUACCUCGGGUGCACCAAAGCCGCCAGUCGUCCAGCCAGGUACCGGCAACAACAUCAUAGUAAACCCAUGCCAGCGAGGGAAUCCUAUCCUGGAAUGUGUCAAGAACGUGGGCAAAGAGUUCGGAGAUAUUCUCGCUGACUAUCAGGUGGGACGGGCGACUGGCGUCCUGUUUCUCAGCUUGCGGUAUCAUCGACUACAUCCUGAGUACAUUCAUCAAAGGAUAGAGCGUCUCGGGCAUUCGUACGACUUGAGAGUCUUGUUGCUCAUGUGCGAUGUUAGCGAACAUCAGGACCCCAUUCGAGAGCUGACGAAGGUUUGCCUCAUCAACAAUAUAACUAUCAUGGUAGCUUGGAGUGCCGAAGAAGCAGGGUAUUACCUGUCAACGUAUAAACAAUUCGAGCACAAGCCUCCCGACCUAAUCAAAGAGCGUGUAGAUAAGGACUAUCACUCCGUACUGCGAAACACCCUCACGACCAUAAGUAGAGUCAACAAGACAGACGUGGAGACAUUACGCGCCACGUUCGGCAGUUUCGCAGGUAUCGCGGGAGCUACCUCGGAACAGCUGCAGAACCUUCCCGGCUUUGGCCAAGUGAAAGUCAGCAGGAUGCAGGAUGCAUUCGGGAAGCCCUUCCUGAACAAGGCAACCACUACUCUUCCUUCCUCCUUCACACAGCCAACACGAGCAGAACCGGCAGUGAAGGAUAAGGGCAAGGGCAAGGAACGAGCAACCGACACAGAAGAAGCAGUAGUUAGCGGAAGCACCGUCACUCCUCGAGCUCCAAGAGCACCAAGUCCAGUCUGGGACAUCGAGCUCGAACUCAAUGAGUCGCCAUCAACGUCACCGAGGGCAGACCUCCGCCCCGAUUCUUCGCCCAUAUCUUCCGUUCCCGCACAACCUGGUACUUCCGCAACUGAUAAUGGGGCGCACAAGAAACGGCCAUCAAGCCCCAUCUGGGACAUCGAGCUCGAUUUGAACGAGUACGAUCUGGAAGAGCCUGCUGAGAUUGAGACAAGUAAGAAGAGGAGA